UAGGAAGUGACGUACCACUUCCUCUCACUCUCCGCGUUUGGAAGGUGGGUUCCACGCGGGGUCAACAUGAGGAUCGAGAAGUGUUAUUUCUGCUCCGGGCCGAUCUACCCAGGACACGGCAUGAUGUUCGUCCGUAACGACUGCAAGGUGUUCCGAUUCUGCAAAUCCAAGUGUCAUAAAAACUUCAAGAAGAAGAGAAACCCACGAAAGGUCAGGUGGACUAAAGCCUUCCGUAAAGCAGCUGGCAAAGAGCUCACAGUGGACAACUCAUUUGAAUUUGAAAAACGUAGAAAUGAGCCUGUGAAAUACCAGCGAGAGCUAUGGAAUAAAACUAUUGAUGCAAUGAAGAGAGUUGAAGAGAUCAAACAGAAGCGCCAGGCUAAAUUUAUAAUGAACAGGUUGAAGAAAAACAAAGAGCUACAGAAGGUUCAGGACAUCAAGGAGGUCAAGCAGAACAUCCAUCUUAUCCGGGCUCCUCUUGCAGGCAAAGGAAAGCAGCUGGAGGAAAAAAUGGUACAGCAGUUACAGGAGGAUGUGGACAUGGAAGAAGCUUCCUAACGGUGCUGCCUGCAACCAGCCCUGUGCACACUGGAGUCAAGUGGAGACUUUCGACCCCUAAGUUAUUCACUGGUUCCAUAAGGCCCCUCAGACAAGACUGAUUCAACAUGCUUCCUCCUUAAACGUUGCAGCCUGUAAAAGCAUCUCCUUGUGGAUGUUAGGUCUCAGCUCAGCGUUCUGCUUCACUGUGUUACGCUCACGCACACAAAAAGUUUGUGUGUAGAUGAAGACAUGAACUGUGGGCAUAACAUGGUUGAGCCAACUGUCUUCCAGUGUGAAAUUUGAAAUGAUGUAAUAUUUUCCUUGCAUUGGGAUAGUCUGUUUAUUAGGGUUAUUGAAAUGGAGGUCACACUAGGAACUGACUGUUCUCAUGUCUACCUGAGUCUCUUUUGUUUUGGUCUAAUAUGUUUAGUAACUUCUUAGACAGCAUACAGCACAGCCGAUUACGUUGGGCCAUCUGAUCUGCUCCAGCCAUUCUAAUAGGCAGCUGUUAUGUUGGAGGUGGGCCGGGUUGAUAAACUUUGCCCAAUUGGCACCUUGCUAUUUUUGCUUUGGAGAAUGCUCAGUUCCAAGUUGUGACAUCUGUCCUGAAAUAAUCUCCUCUCCUCCCAGCCCAGCAGUGAUCUAGAAGUGGAAGGAUCUUGGUGCCUUUCAAAGUUUAGUGUGUGGUUUUCUUUUCUUUGUUUUUUUGUUUUUUUUUUGUCUUGGAGACAGGAUGUCUGUGUAGCCCUGGCUGUCCUGAAAGUCACUCUGUAGACCAGCCUGCCUGGAACUCAAAAAGAUCCACCUACCCUUGCCUCUUGCCUCCCAAGUUCGGGGACUAAAGACGUGCACCAUCGUGUCCAACAUUUUAAUUUUUUUUUUUUAAACCUUAAGAAAAACAACCAAAAAAGAAACUCUGGCUUUUGGAAAGUAGAAUUUAUGGAUAGAAUGCUAACUAUUAUUUGUACAUAAAUAAAGCCCUUUCUAAAGUAAA